AUGAGUAUACUGCUUAGUCUAGACAUAUUCAAAAAUGUUUUACUAUCAUCUUCCGAAUCAGAAAAUUCUAAAAAAACUAUCCUUCUCUACAAAUUCAGAGAUGAAUCUACCGAUUCACCAUGGAUUUGCUCAUAUAGAGUAAAUUCUUCGACAAUUUCGGCAGGUGUUGAUUUGGACAUUUCCGUUCCUUGUUAUCUCUCUUUUGUCGGUUUCCUUGUUCUGAAUCACAAAUCAGAUCCGAAUGUAAACAGUAUAGGUUUAAAGGAAAAAAUUUCUGAGACAUUUUACGUCUUAACUUUACAAAAAACUUGUGAUAUGGACUCUCUGAAUGAAGCACUUUCAGUUUGGAAGGUUCAAAACAAUUCCAUUUCAUAUACUUCGGAACAUAUAGCCAACAGUAACAUAAUAUGGAUUGAAGAUGAUUUAUUAGAAGUUAAAAGGCGAAAUUUAUGUUUGGUCAAUGUUACUUACUCCCUUUGUACAAACCUAGUAAACAGAAUUUCAUUCGAUUCUAAUAUUACAGGAUUGAAAAAAAUUGUAGAUUUGCCUAAAGAGAUUAGCGAUUCUAUUUUAACAACAUUGAUUACAAGGAUUUCUUCAUAUAUCCAUCCCCAAGAUAAUGAAAAUGCGCUAAAAAUAAUUGUUUCCGAAUGUAAAUCCGCAGUUAACUCUGGCGGUUAUGAUUUUUGUUUUGAUAAAAAUCUUAAGCACGUUGCAAUUCUCGAUAGUGUCAAUGAAAAAUCUGAUUUUUAUUUAAAAAUUUUGCUUCAAUCAAUAGUUCCAGUAGAUUUGUUGCUUGCAUAUGAUAUGAACUCUAUUGAAUGUUUGAGGUCCAUUAUAACUUCACUACAGAUCCACUUUUCAAAACUUUGUACUAUUUUCGAAAAAAACCCACAAAAUAUCUAUUGUUACAUUUCUAAAUCUAAACAAGAUAUUGUUAAUAGCAAUCUAAUUGAAGACAAAGAAAUCAAACCACCUGCGACACUUCAGAAAAAACACUCUGGUCCAAAGGGGAAAAUUAAAAAACAAUCAAACUCAAAACAAAAGCAAGCUACCUCUUCCAGCAAGAAUGACCAAACUACAACUGCUAAAAAGGACGAAGAUAAGUUGGAAAGUUUUGAUUUUAUUAAAAAAUGCAAUUUUUCGGAUACAGACGUAAAUAUCAAAUUUGAUACGUGUGGAAAAAUUGAUCUGAUGCCAUGUUUAGAAGAGGCUGAUAUAGAUGAACCAUUUGAUUUGAAUGUGAGUUUUGUAUUUAAAUCUAUAGUGAUCGGGGGUAGUGCUAAAGGGUAUGUUAAACUUCCAUUUGGAGGUUAUAUUCUCCCACUGUUCAAUUUAAUGUCAAAUAAUGACCUCUUUGUAAAUAAUCUUUUCGAUACAUCUAAUCAAUCGCUUAAGCUUAAAUUAUUCUUAAAUCCUUCUAACUUUGUUGAUAAAAGGAUUUUGAUAUCGCCUCAUAAACAUUACCACCAAUUCCCUCCAUGGAUGAGCUCAAAAACAUCAAGACUCUAUAUCACAGAUGGAGAUUAUCAGUAUUAUCACUAUACUCAGUGUAAUGUAAAUGAUGUUGGUUGGGGAUGUUGUUAUCGAUCUAUACAAUUGGUGUGCAGCUGGUACCUACUACAGGGUUAUACUAUAAAGAAAGUUCCAAAUCACCAAUUGAUUCAGAAGGUCUUACAGGAAAACGAUAUAUCUCAUAAGGACAUUGUAAUUGGCAGUUCGAAAUGGAUCGGAACGGUUGAAUCUGGUUAUUUUAUAAACUGGUAUCUUAAUUACAAUUGCAAAACACUGCAUGUUCCGCGGGCAUCUGAUCUGAGAAACUUUAAUGGCCUAAUGUCGGAUCAUUUCACGAAAGAGGGAACUCCAAUAAUCGUAGGUGCUGGCUCAUAUGCCUACGUAAUUUUGGGCCUAUGUAUGGGACCGGAACCAGCUGAUUUUGCCUAUCUAAUUUCGGAUCCGCAUUACACCGGUGAUGAUAAUAUCAAAUCCAUACAAACUAAAGGAGGAAUAGGGUGGAAAAAGGUUGAUUUUCUAUCAAAAGCAGCAGAUGGAAAUUUUAUUAACUUAUGUUGUCCACAGUUGGACAAUUAUGAAGUAUAA